GUUUCCCGCCCUCACUCCAGCCAUCCUGUGUGUGCGCUGAAAGUCCACAAAAUAAAUAGUGUUUUCACCAGAGGUUUUUACUUUGAUAUACUUUAUAUUCUUGGGAACACUUGUCAGGUGGCUAACGAUGCCUUCCACUCAUGACUGGAUCGACAACCCGCUCGGUGUUGUUGAAGGGAUGUUUGCAGCUUCCCAGAACAAUCCCAACUCAGGAUGGGAGGCGAAAGCGGUUGAAUUCUUUAAAGAGCAUCUGAAAGAGAAGGACUCUCAUACCCUGGUCCCGUCUCUGAACGACGUCCCUCUACACUACCUGAAGCCCAACAGCCUGGUGAAGUUUCGCUGCUUAAUCCAAGACAUGUUCGAUCCGGAGUACUACAUGGGAGUGUAUGAGGCUGUUGACCCGUCCACAAAGGCUAAAGUGCAGCGAUGUGGGAAGUACAAAGACGUGACAGACUGCGCUGUGGAGUUUAACCCCAUGAACACGGUGACUGCAGAGAGACAGACCUUCUACUGUGUGCCAAUCCCUGGAGAGAACCCCUGGGUGAAAGAGAGCUGUGCCGGCUCCAGCCAAGCCAGAGUGGUUCCCUCCACGUCGUACGCACCGACGAGACAGAAACGCAGCUACGAAGAGGACGACGACAUGGACGACAUGGACACACAGCCGCAGAAGCAGAGGGAGACGCACACUGCUCCUCAAAGUCAAACGGAGCAGCACGGGAACGGAGACUGUAAGCGGCGGGAGACAGAAGCUCCCUCCAACCAGACGGCUCCUGCCUCCCACCUCGACCUCAACUUCCCCCUGCCAGGAGAGAAAGGCCCCUCCUGCCUGGUCAAGGUAUACGAGGACUGGGACAGCUUCAAACUGAACGACACGCUCGAGGUGUUCGGGAUCCUCUCGGUCAGCCCGGCCCUCAGCGCUCUGGCUGAGGAGAAAGACGCCUCCUCGUCCCUCCUGGACCCUGCAGAGAGCCUGAUGGAGACGGCGGAGGAGCAGAGAGUUCACAGCCCGCCGGCCUCGCUCGUCCCUCGCCUCCACAUGCUCCACGCCAGGCCGCUGCCACACAACAACCCCCUGCUGCCCGCCGCCACCCUGCAGGACAACAGUGCAUUUUUAUCUUCCACCCUGAGCGAGAUGGCCUCCGUCAGGACGGAGCUGCUCACAUACUUCACUCACAUCCUUCUGGGAGACGCCCUGGCUGCAGAGUACCUCAUCCUGCAUCUCAUCUCUGACGUCUACUCCAGACGGGACGUUCUCCCACUGGGCAAGUUCACCUUGAACCUGAGCGGCUGUCCGACCGUCUCCUCGUACACCGAACGCGUCUAUAAGAUCAUCCAGCAGCUCGUGCCUUCCUCUUUCUAUCUGGGCAUGAGCCUCCAGAAUAUGAACCAGAUGCGCUUAGUGCCAAAGAAGGACUAUGUUGCCAACCGGCUUGUGAGUGGAGCGCUGCAGCUGGCCAGAAACACUUCCCUCUUCCUGGACGAGACCCAGCUGGAGCAGGGACAGCUGGACACAACAGGUGUGCAUAACGUUACGGCCCUGGGCAACCUGAUCUCGUGGCAGAAGGUUGAUUAUGACUUUAACUACCACCAGAUGGAAUUCCCCUGCAAUAUUAACGUGCUCAUCGCGUCAGAGGGCCGCUCGCUGCUGCCGUCAGACUGCCAGAUCCACCUACAGUCUCAGGUGGCCCCCACCCACAUGGAGGAGCAUCUCAGCAUGCAGCCGCAGGCGUCACAGCUCAACAAGUUCAGGAUGUACCUGAGCGUGGCUCGCAUGCUCGACUACAGCAUCUCUGAUGAAAUGACGAAGUCCGUCGAGGAUGACUUUGUAGACAUGAGGAAGGACGAUCCGCAGAGCGUCACCGCAGAGGACCUGCACAGGAUGCUCGUUGUGGCGAGGUUGCUGUCUCUGAGCCUGGGACAGACGACUCUGUCCAGAGACAGCUGGCUGAGAGCCAAACACAUGGAGAUGCUGCGAAGGAGCCGGAUGGAGCAGCAAAAGUGUGUCAACGGCAACGAGCCGUGAUCACACAGAGAGGAGACAAGGUGGCCUUUGUUUUUGAUACCUAAAAAUCAGUUUGUAAUAAAGAAUUUUUUCAUGUCG